AUGUCAGCAACUUCCGCUGCACAACGCCAACCCCACGGCAGACGGAGCAAGAAUCUGCUUGUAGCAUCUCUUGCUUUGCUCAUCCAAUGUACAGACACGAUCGCCGCCUCUAAGCAGACCCUGUCUCCGUUUGAUUGCAGCAACGUGGCCGUCUCGUCCAAGCAGUCGUUCGACCUCUCCAAGAUUGCGUAUCCCAUUCGCGUCUCGAGCAAAGAAUCAACACCACCAUCCGAGACCAAAACGUUCAUCGACAUUGACCUGUGCAAGCCGCUCGAGGCAGAUGCCAACCGGGACGAGAAGGACCAGUGUCCACGUGGAACGAGGAUAUGCAUUACUAUUGAAGCCAUUAAGGACGACAAGGCCAUCGUUACACAGGCGAUUCCAGUUGCCUACUCGGACGAAGCCGAAGGGAAGAAGAUCGAGGCCAAGGUGGAAUGGGGCGAAGAGCUAGAAGGAGGCGAGAAGAGCAUCGAGCUUCAAUUUCCAGGAGCUACCUAUGCUGAACGAGAGCAAAAGGCAGAGCUUGAGCUAGUCUGCGAUGCCAAGGCCGACGCAGACGAGCAGCCUAGCGUCAGAAGCUACGACCGCGCCCAAGGAAAGCUCAAGCUACGCUGGGCAACCAAAUUUGCGUGCUCUUCUGCUGCUACCAAACCAGGCAGCGGAUCUCCGUCCAAGGGCGGAUCAGACAGCGAUGGCGACAAGGGCAGCGAUAGUGAUGGUGCAUCGGCAUCCGGCGGAUGGGGCUUCUUUCACUGGCUCUUCUUCUUGCUCUUUGUUGGCUUCGUCGCAUAUAUGGGUGUUGGGAUGUACAACAACUACAACAACUACGGAGCAAGCGGGUGGGAUCUGGUACCGCACAAAGACUUUUGGCGAGAGUCGCCGUACAUUGCUCGUGAUGCGGCAACCCAUGUAUGGCAGGCUGUUUCGGGCAAUCGUGGAGGAGGCGGAUUCAGCGGAGCAGGUGGGCGCGGAGCAUAUGAGCCCAUAUGA